CUGCCGCGCCGACGGUAUGAUAUAAAGACCCGAGAUGCGUGGAGACACAUCAAAGCAGUGAUACAGAACGAAGCGUGCGGAUUACUGUUGCGAUUUAACAUGAAUUAUUUGAACAUAAUUUUAAUAUCAUGCUCACUGGCCGUAGCAGUGACGCAGGGGCUAGAAGAUAGCAACACGGAUGGACAGAGACGGAGCACCGGUGGCUACGGUCUGCUGAGACCCGGCUACGGCAAUCCUGGCUACGGCGGAGGAUAUAAUAGCGGCUACGGCGGUGGUUACGGAGGUGGCUACGGCGGAGGCUACGGCAGUGGUUACGGCGGCGGCUACGGAGGAGGAUAUCAACCCGGCUACGGCGGCUACCAACCCGGUUAUGGCCAAGGAGGGUACCCCGGUGGUUACCCUGGCGGCGGCUAUCCGGGUAACCAAGGAGGAUUUGGAGGCGGAUAUCCUGGGUAUCCCGGUGCAGGGUACCCGGGACCCGGGUAUUCAGGAUACGGCGGGUACCCCGGUUUCGGAGGGUACCGUCCAAACUACCGGCCGAACUACCCUCAAAACAACUACGGCUACCAGGGCUACAACCAGUGGAGGCCUAGCUACAAUCAAUACAGACCGGGCUUCGACCGACAAUAUCCCGGUAACACUGGCAACUACCUCGGUGGCUACGAUGGCUUCAACGACAACUUCAGGCUGGUGGGAAGGAAAGUGGGCGAGGACAAGAAGACCAGCUCCGAAGAGAAGUUCACGGUGUAAUCUCACUCAUUUUGUUGUUCAUUAAAUUAUUUUUUA